AUGUCGAAAGCUGCUGUCUGCUGCACUGUUAUUCGCGCCAAAGUCGUCACUGCGUUGUUGGCACUGUUCUCCCUAGCGCUAUAUAGUGGAAUGCCAAGAGUUACAGCGGUUGUACUGGACAAUGAAAAUAACACUGUUUGUACAGUUGUUGAAGAACACUCAGAGGUAGAUACAAUAUACUUUUUCUUGGACGCAGCUCUGAUCCUUGCCUUGCCAUUGCUGGUCACAACCAUUUUGUUCGGAGCUAUUUUCUUAAAAAAGCAAUGUGAUAAUAGCAGUUCAUUGACAGCUGCCCGUCAAAGAAGGUUGUCCGAAAUUACAAAAGUUCUCCUCGUCAUCGUAAUAAUCGAUGUAGUCCUGAAAGCUCCAUCGUUUAUCAAUAAGGCGCGAUUGGUAAUUCUGGCCGAGCAUUAUGGCAAGCAGUAUGACAUGCCUGGUAUCCUUCUUCAACAGAUUUUUCAGCUUGUAUCCUACCUCAGUGUAUGCGCCCAUGUACUCUGCUAUAUCGCUUUUUCACGGAAUUUUCGCAAGACUGCAAGGCAGCUGUUACACUGCACAUAA